UCCCGCGGCGCCCGGCCUCCCGCUCCGCCUCCCCGUGCGCGGCUCUCCCGGGCGCGGCUCCGGGGUUCAUGGUGACGAGGCGGAGGCCGCUCCAGCCCACAGGCGGCAGCCGGCAGGAGCGGGGGCGCGGGCCCCGGCCGCCUCUUCCUGAGCGCGGGGCCGGGCGGCGGGCGCGCCCAGGCGGCGGCGGCGGCGGCGAGCGCCCCCCCGGCCCGCGGCCGCGCGCCCCCCGCGCCGCGCCCCCGUGCGCCUGGCUGCCGGGGGGCCGGGCCGCCCGGCGGCUGCCGCGCCGCGCACCCAUGGACGGCCCGGCCAUCAUCACCCAGGUGACCAACCCCAAGGAGGACGAAGUCCGGGCCCCAGGCGCUGGAGAGAAAGCAUCCCAGUGCAGCGUCAGCCUGAAGAAACAGAGGAGCCGCAGCAUCCUCAGCUCCUUCUUCUGCUGCUUCCGUGAUUACAAUGUGGAGGCCCCGCCAGGCAGCGGCCCCAGUGUGCUUCCGCCACUGGUGGAGGAGAACGGUGGGCUUCAGAAGCCACCAGCUAAAUACCUCCUCCCAGAGGUCACGGUGCUUGACUAUGGAAAGAAAUGUGUGGUCAUUGAUUUAGAUGAAACACUGGUGCACAGUUCAUUUAAGCCUAUUAGUAAUGCUGAUUUUAUUGUUCCCGUUGAAAUCGAUGGAACUAUACAUCAGGUGUAUGUGCUGAAGCGGCCACAUGUGGAUGAGUUCCUCCAGAGGAUGGGGCAGCUCUUCGAGUGCGUGCUCUUUACUGCCAGCCUGGCCAAGUAUGCAGACCCUGUGGCUGACCUGCUGGACCGCUGGGGUGUGUUCCGGGCCCGGCUCUUCAGAGAAUCAUGUGUCUUCCAUCGUGGGAACUACGUGAAAGACCUGAGUCGCCUGGGACGGGAGCUGAGCAAGGUGAUCAUCGUGGACAAUUCUCCUGCCUCGUACAUCUUCCAUCCUGAGAAUGCAGUGCCUGUGCAGUCCUGGUUCGAUGACAUGACAGACACGGAGCUGCUGGACCUCAUCCCCUUCUUCGAGGGCCUGAGCCAGGAGGACGACGUGUACAGCGUGCUGCACAGACUCUGCAGCAGGUAGCCCCGGCCCCGGCCGCCUCCCGCCCGUGCGCUCUGGAACCUCAGCCUCGAGACCUGCCUGGCCUCGGCUCCCCGGGAGCCGAAAGUGAGGACGCCCCGUGCUCCAGGCCACGGGGUGAAUGUGGCCAUACCUACCUGGUUUAUUUUUUAAGAACAGAGACAACUAUUUUAAAAGGAACUCUUUUAAUGAAUUUCAUAAAGGGACAUGCAUUUUGUGGGAUUUGCUUUUCUUAAAACAUACCAAAAAGGAAAAAAAAAAAAUGGGGGAAAAAAAAAAAAGCUUGAUAC